AUGUUCCUAUCUCGUAUACAACCCUCUCAAACUCGACCAAUUUUCAACUUAUCAUCAAUUCUGAUCACACUGUGGCUGCUGCUCUCAACGACAGCCGCAGACCAAGCAAAUCGCUUCCGCUCGGAGAAAUAUGCUUAUGGCUUCGAGGGCCCGUUCCCACGCCAGCAUUACUCAUCAUCGGGCCUUCUAGGUCCGAUCUUGAAUUACUGGGAGACUAGCGUAGCAUGCGAUGAUGGGUUAUAUACAAUCAUUGCCCCGCGUGGGGAGGCGGUGCGUCACUCUGGUCCAAUGAUUCUGGAUAACCAAGGCCAUAUGGUGUGGUUUAAGGAGUAUCAGACGACUUAUAAUGCCAAUGUGUACAUGUAUAAGGGAGAGCGAUAUUUGACCUUCUGGGCGGGUAAUGAUACGAGUCGAGGACAUGGGGAGGGGAUGUUGUACAUGCUCAACUCCAGCUAUGAGGAAGCAUAUAAACUCCACGGAGUAAACUAUUUCGCGGACUUGCACGAGUUCCAUAUCACCUGUGACGAGACGGCCGUUUUCACAGUAUAUGAUAUCAAAUCUGUAGACCUGACCUCAACGGGUGGUUUGGAAGAUGGCUGGAUAUACGAUAGCGUCUUUCAAGAGAUCGAUAUCGAGACUAACGAGCUCCUCUUCGAAUGGCGCGCUUCAGAUCAUUUCUCCAUUGGCGAGGGUGAGAUUGAUAGCAACGGAGCCGGACGUUCAAAAGAACACCCAUGGGACUGGUUCCACAUCAACAGCAUCGACAAGGAUGAGCAUGGCAACUUUCUCAUCUCCUCGCGGUACUUUAAGUGUCUUGCAUAUAUCAACGGCGUAACCGGUGACGUGAUCUGGAAACUCGGCGGCGAGAAUCACUCAUUCACCGAUCUAUCAGCUGGCGCAGCAACAAACAUCAGCUGGCAGCAUCACGCGCGAUUCCAACCGCGAUACAACAUUGCGAACAAAACAAGAGCGAUCUCCGUUUUCGAUAACUCUUCGCGCGGAAAAGGCGCUCCGCAGAAUCCGAGCCGUGGGCUGAUGAUCGAUAUCGACGAGACGGACAUGACUGCCAUAGUGCGCGCGGAGUAUUGGAAUUCCAUGGCGAUCAGCAGCCAGUCUCAGGGCUCCAUGCAGGUUCUGGAUAACGGGCAUGUACUGAUCGGAUACGGGUUCAGUGCUGCGUGGACGGAAUUCGGCGCGGACGGGGAAGUGCUAUGUGAUGUGCAUUUUGGUCCGAGGGAAUCCUUUCAUGAGAGCGAUAUUAUCUCGUAUCGAACUUUCAAGCAGAAGUGGGUUGGAAUGCCAGUAACUGCGCCCGAUGUCGCGCUGUCGGGGACUACGGCGUCUGUUACCUGGAAUGGGGCAACCGAGGUUGUUACUUGGGUGUUGCAGGGGUCGUUGGUCAAUGUGACUGACUCGCCUGAUUUUACGGAUGAGGAUGGGAUCAGGCGGUAUUCAAGUGGGUAUGUUGAGGAUGUUGGUUUCCUGUUCGUCUCUGCGAUGCCGAAGUCCGGGUUUGAGACUAAGAUUCCUAUUCCGGCUGAUAUACCGUACCGCACUCUUCGUCUUGUUGCCCUUGAUGGUAUGGGAAGCUCUCUGGGAAGGACACGGGCUUUGGAGUGGGCACCUGAGAAAAUGAAUGAAGAGGUUGCGGUGUUUGCUGGUGAUGAGAAGGUUGAGACUGUGUCACAGGGGCAUCACAUUGCACCCACACUUAUGUUUGCCAUGGGCUUCACGAGUGCUGCGGUGAUUUUGCUUUGCGCAUGGCUCGUCUGCAGGUAUGUCUAUCCCGAAUAUCCUGGUCUAUCCUUCUUCGGUCGAGGCAUUCAUGGCAAAGACGAGGGGUGGGAGGCGGUUCGAUCGGGCGAGGAGCUAGAUGACUUGGAUGAAUCCAACGACCUAGAGUCCGGAGAACAAGAUGAGAGCCCGUUGUUGAACGAUAAUAGAGGCAGGGGGUAG